CUAGGGACCGCUGCUCUCCUGGCGACGCAAUUUGCUUGUGGGAGCCCUGGAGCCCUGGAGCCCUGGGAGUGUACCACCACGCGUCGCACAGCGGCCGUCUGGUCGCGCGAUACCUGCGAGCACCGCGCAAACAUGACGCUGCCCUGAGCGGUGCCGCCGUCCAGUGUCGCGCCUUGACUUCCACGGUUGCAACUUGCGCGCUCUACACGCCGUCAAUCAACGGCACCGCCUGCGUCCUGCCGUGCGCUCCGUCCCAGACACGCCCGCACGCCUGCACUCUCUUCGAGACAUGGACACAGGACUCGAGCGCUCGGCUCGGCCUUAUACUUGGGCUGAUAUAGCUUGGCCACGUCGAGCGUUUUGGCCUCCCGCUGCCGCCGUCCCCCAGCCCAUCGCGAGCCACACACAGCGCCGGCACGGACGCGGCCCCUCCUCACUGGCUGCCCGCCGCGGUACGUAUCAGCCUCUGCCACAGCGCCGUGCCUCGAGUCACGGUUCGCGGGCGAGAUCGCAGCGUGGGAUGUGCCAGCCGCUCUGCAGUCUGUGUGCGCCCGCUGCGCUGCCGCUAUCAAUCGCCCGCUGCUCUGCUGCGCCGAUACCUCAACCUCACCCGGAGCCUCCUCGCUCGAGAAACGCUGCAGCGCGCGCGCCGGGGUCGACGGUGAUGGAGGGCAGCCCCCUGAGACGGCGCGCUCGCACGGCAUGCGCCUUGCAAGGACGCGGAGCUCAUCAGGCUAUUGCAGGCGGCAUAUCCACAGCCUCCAUGGGUUUGCUACGCGCAAGUCGGCCCUGCUCCGAUUCCACCCAAAGAACGAGAGCACGGCGCUAGCGCACUCCUGCUCCACGCCGAUGGAUGUGGCUCCCUGGCCUGAUUCUUGCGGCCGCCUUCGCGGCCUCACCAACCGUCCCAAUCCCGGUCCUUUGGCGCUGAUAUGUACCGGCCCUG